AUGUCACACCCCACCUUACGUAGCUUUUCCACAUGGCAGGAACCCUUUGUUCCAAACUCAAUUCCCAGUCCAGUUUGCGGAAAAAUACAGGAGCCAGUGACUUUCGAGGAGGCGGCUGUGAAUUUCACCAGGGCAGAGGGGGCUCUGCUGGACCCCACUCAGAGAGCCUUCUACAGGGAUGUCAUGCAGGAGAACUAUGAGACGGUGGUCUUGCUGGCUGCAAAUGUUUCUCCUUCGCAGAGGCUAGUGAACAUUAGAAAAAGAAAACGGAGGACGCGGGACGAUAUGUUCACGGAGCUGCAGAUGUCCUCCCACGCUGAU